AUGACUCUAGAAUUCCGAGGAACUAUCUGUCGUGUUCUUGGAGACGGGAGCACGGGAGUCGUCAUCUUGUACAACGACACCGCCAUCAAGCUCCCAAAAUCAGUUUUCGGUGGUGCGAACGACGACGACGACGAUGACAGAAAGGUUAUCGAGUGGGAAAAGGAGGUCUACCGCCGCUUGGACAAUUGCGAGGGCGUCAUUUCCUGUAUCGAUCUUUCCGGCGAUGGCAUCAAGAUGGCCUGGAUGGAAAAUGGAAAUCUUCGCGACUACCUUGCCGAGCACAAUGUUCCCCUCCCUAUGCGACUUUCCUGGCUUCGUCACCUAGCUCACACACUCGCUGCCAUACAUGAUCGUCGGGUCAUAGAGGCAGACCUCAGCCCCCGGAACAUUCUUGUGGCGAAGGACAUGUCGGUAAAAUUCUCUGAUUUCACGGAGUCCUCUCUUCUGCCCCUCGAUUGCGACAUGGAGACGGUUGAUGACAACGGGUACUCGAUGCAAACUGAUAUCGGCCAAUUUGGUGCUCUCAUGUAUGAAGUUAGCACCGGCGUGAGAUGUACCUUCGAUCUCUUUGAAAAUCAACCACUGGGGCCAGCCACCACUGCCUUGCCCAAGAGAGACAGCCUACCUCCCACGGAGGGUGUCUGGCUCGGUGCAAUCAUCGAAAGUGCUGGAUCAAGCACGCAGUCCGCACCAGUCGUGAAUUGUCAGAAAUUUUGGACAUGGUUCAGGACAUUGAGCCCCACGACGAUACCGACUCGACGUCUGGGUUUGACCGAGUGGAUUGAAGCCGGCUUUGUUGUGUCGAGAUCAAUUCUCACUUUUCAGCGAUUCCCAGAUGAUCAUGAGGAAACAUUCGAAAGCCAGCAUCAAAAGACCUUUGUGACGAAGAUCGGCCCAGUUUCCAUGUCUAUCCUAGACACGGGGGCCAAUGUAAUUUAA